AUGAAUACAAUCACACAAAUCGUUGACAAUUCACAUCAGUUGGUCGUUCAACCAGUACCGUUACGACUGUAUUCAUCUGUCUGUAUAGAUGGCUCGACUCUUUGUCAGCUUUAUGCCUCCCAUACCAUAGCCAGUUCUUCGCUCAACUUACCUCUCAUUACCACACCUGCGGUUGCUGGGUUUUCCCAUUUGAUGGUUCUUCCGGAAAAAAGAAGCACAAGCAGCUCGUACAGUCCAGCAAGUUAUAUCCCAUCACUUCUGGUCUCACGUCAUGCGUCUGAUUCUUCAGUGAACCAAUCUUGGUUACAACACUACUUGGACGCUGCUAAUCUAGUUGAUUCCGCCUAUUCUAUAAAUGACGCCUUUAUUCCAAGUGUGUGCGAUGUCUGCAGAGACCGCUUAUUUGGGACGCACUUUGGUGUAUCUGCAUGUGAAGGGCAGGAUCCACCAGGCAUUUUCACACCUCGAAUUGGCGAUAGAUCGCUUGAAAUUUUCGUGCCGCAUUAG